GCUGACCCCAUUCGCCUCACUGCUUGCCAUCCCAGACCGGAGCUUCCUGCUUCCUCGUUAACGGCGGCUGAGACCCACAGGCCACCACCGAAGCUGGCGAACGGCAGCCGAGUAGCGGAGAGCCCGGAAGGGACGGUGCGAGACUUGUAUGAGGCCAUCAACGGGCGGGACGUGGGGAGGUUGCACCAGCUGCUGGCGCCGGACCUGGAGUGGUGGUUUCAUGGCCAGCCGGAGCACCAGCACCUGAAGCGCCUCCUCACCGGCGAGGCGGAGUAUAUCGCCUUCGAGUUCGAGCCGCAGGAGGUGGCGUCCUUCGGCUCCACCGUGGUGGCCGAGGGGUGCAGCCCCGGCGCGGUGUGGGUCCACGCCUGGACAGUCGACCCGGAGGGGGUGAUCACCCAGGUGCGGGAGUACUUCAACACCUCCCUCACCGUCACCCGCCUCGGAGGCGACUCGGCCCUCUCCUCCCCCGCCUCCUCCUCCUCCUCCUCCUCCUCCUCCUCCUCCAAGGACUCUGCCGGGUCGACUCAAUGCCUGCCCGUGUGGGAGAGCCGACUACACCAGCGAGCCCGGAAAUCACUUCCUGGCCUCGUACUAGCAAUAUAAUCUCAUUGUCUUUGGAUAAGGGUUAGGGUUUAUGUUUGCAGCUCUGCUGGUGUUGGGUUUGGAUGUGUGUGUGUGAUCACAAUAGUUCUUCUGUGUGUCUCUUUUUCUUUGUUUGAUGUAUCCUUUUUAAUAGCUGAGUAAAACAAUGCAUGCUAGUUUUUAAUA